AGCCGGAAGCGCGCGCGCGAGCGAAUCACGUCCGAGUCCGCGAUCGCUCGUGGCUCGGGCGCGUGCGUUUGGGCGCGCGCGCUCGCGAGCUCAGACGGCAAGUGAGGCGCGCUGGUCGCGCGUCGACGGUCCCGUUUGGGAGGAAAGUUGGGCGCACUUUUGCCAAGAUGCCCGCCGCUUGGACGCCGACUCGCUUCUAUGGAAUCUAGUCCGGCUCUCCACGUUGCGCCAACAGCCCAGGCCAAGAACAAAUUGUUGGUCGUGUGCAUCAUGUUGUCCCUGUGGCUCUACGUCAUCUACUGCUGCUCGGGAUCCGGCGCCGGUGCGCCCGGGCUCGGCUACGAGCGCGGAGGAGCGAACGCGGACGCCCGGCGCGGCGGCGGCGGCUCCCGGGACUUGCUCCGUAACGAGGCGGACGACGACGCGGACGCGCGCCGGGCGUCGUCUUCCUUCAACGAGUCCGAGAGUCAAAAGCUGCCGCGGGCCAUCAUCAUCGGCGUGAAGAAAGGGGGGACGCGCGCGCUGCUCGAGUUCCUGCGGCUGCACCCGGACGUGCGCGCGGCGGGGGCAGAGCCGCACUUCUUCGACCGCAACUACCACAAGGGCCUGGACUGGUACAGGGAACUGAUGCCAAAGUCCUCCGAGGGUCAGCUGACCAUCGAGAAGACGCCCAGCUACUACGUCACCGAGGAGGUCCCCGCCCGGAUCCACGCCAUGUCGAAAGACACCAAGCUGAUGGUGGUGGUCCGAGACCCGGUCACCCGAGCCGUGUCGGACUACGCGCAGACGCGUUCCAAGAAGCCCGACAUUGCGUCUUUCGAAAGCCUGACCUUCAAGAACGCGUCGGCGGGCGGCAUCGACGCGGCCUGGAGCGCCGUUCGCAUCGGCAUGUACGCCAAGCACCUGGAGCGUUGGCUCCGAUACUUCCGCGCGGAGCAAAUGCUGUUCGUCAGCGGCGAGCGGCUGAUCUCCGACCCCGCCGGGGAGCUGGCGCGGGUCCAGGACUUUCUGGGGCUCAGGAGAGAGAUCACCGAGAAGCACUUCCACUUUAACCCGGCGAAGGGCUUCCCUUGCCUCAAGCGGGCGCAGAGCGACGGCAAACCGCACUGCCUGGGCAAAACCAAGGGCCGAACCCACCCCGACAUCGACCCCCGGGUGGUGCGGAGCCUACGGGAGUUCUACAAGCCCUUGAACAGACAGUUCUACCAGAUGACGGGUCACGACUUUGGCUGGGACUGAAAUCUGCGAGUGCAUCUCCGUCUUCUUUAUACAAUUGUCUCAUCCAAAGCUGUCGAGUGGAUUUGCCAGCGAUGCGCACAGUUCACAAGUCGAUUCUAUCAGAAUUUAUUGCUAUGAUCUGAAAUUGCCACGCCUUGUAACCGGGUUUACGCCCGAUCAGGGAUUCUCACACCGGAAUGGGGUCCGGGGGUCUGGUGUCAAAAUUUAGAUGACAUGCCCCCCCAGCCACAACUUCAAAGGUGAAAUACAGGCAAUGGAUUGCUGGGUCCGUCGCCAAAACGCUCCUCAACAGCUGCCGGUCCUUACGUCAAAUUGGCCAUCUGGCUCGCUGGAGCAAAUCUAUCGCCCUACAUGAAGAUGAGUCCAGCACGUUUUGACUCGUAACAAUCCUGCCAAAGGUGAAUGCUUCAAAAAAAAAUCAAGUUCAAGAGGUAUAGAAAAAUGAGGCUUCAAAAUGGUGAAAAGCCAAGCGCUUCGCUAUCAAAUUCCACCACUUCAACCUUGAAAAACCGAUUCUUCACUUCACUUUUCGCUCACCACAAGCAUAUCAGGCUUUCAUCAUCAUCGUGAAAAUAAGAAUAUUUUGUAAUACUUAUCCAUAAUUGUUUAUGAAUGAAGGGUUCGGUUGAGCAUAAGUUGGAAAUUUUCCAUACACGAGUUACAACACCUGGCGAAAUCCGUAUGUUGUUGUAGCUUGAACUUACUUAGCUUAAAAAAAUAAAUAAAUAAAUAAAGGAAUUGUCUCCAAAUCCGGAUCUGCUAGAAAAUAAAGUCAAGACACGGUUUUAAAAUCGACGUCAAAAACACAUUCAGGGAGACAUCAAGCCACCUGUGAUGCAA